CACUAGAUAUGGAGUAUGACUAUAGGCCCAUAGACAACAAAAUGGAGUAUGACUAUUGGUCUACAAACAAGUUCUCAGUCAUCCAGACUUUACCAUAGAAGAUAUUCAGUAUUUAGCCUUUAGGAGAUUAAGAUACUUACCUUACAAUAACUUAUCCCCUUAUCUUGGAGGAAUUUGUGACUGAGGUGGGACAGCCGUCGCUUUCUCCGGCAGGUGAUGUCUGACCUCUCCAAAUUUCGGCGGGCUAAACUCUUGCACGUCUUCAAUACAUUCUUCGAUGUUAACGGAAGUGGAGAGAUCGACGAGAAGGACUUGGAGAUCGCCACACAGAAAGUGUGCGGGGCCCGAGGGUGGACCCAGGAGGACUCCCACUACAACAAGACGCGAAACACGCUACGCACCCUGUGGACGGUCCUCACCAGUCGGGCGGACAGAGAUCAGGAUAGUCAGGUCUCAGUAGAGGAAUGGUAUUCUGCCUGGCAGGAGGACGAGUCUGACCGGGAAUGGAGCCACAGAUUUCGGGAUUUGAUGUUCCUCUUAGAAGACGCCUCAGGUGACGGCCAUAUCGACGUGGACGAGUACGUGGCCCUCUACACAGCCUUAGGCCUAACGGAAUCCGGAUGUCGCGAGGCCUUCAGAAGAGUCCAGAAGGAGGACUCGGGAGCCGUGACCAAAGAGAAAUUCGACGAGCUCUGGGAGCAGUACUUCCACUCGGAGAACGCCGACGCCCCCGGCAACUUCAUCUUCGGGAAAUUCGACUUCUAAAAAAUCGAUCCCCCCCCCUAACCCCCCCCCCCCCUCUCUUGCUCUCUUGCU